GAUCAGCUGCUGGCAGUUGGUGUUCUCAAUCACGUCCGCGCGGAGGCUGCAUAUAUAGUACAGGCGCACUUCGGCGAGUAAUAUACACGCUUUCGGAGGCGCUCGGUGCGGGUUAUUUAAAUAAAUAUUUCAAGUGGGACCCGGACAAAGACGAAGGAGCCGAAUAUGGCCGAGACGGCAGCUACUCCCGCGUCCAAGCCCAAGAAGACGAAAAGCUCGAAGAAAGCGACGUCGCAUCCCAAAUACUCCGAGAUGAUCAAAGCGGCCAUCGCAGCCGACCGGAGCCGCGGAGGCGCGUCGCGUCAGUCCAUCCAGAAGUACGUGAAGAACCACUACAAGGUGGGAGACAACGCCGACUCCCAGAUCAAGCUCGCCCUGAAGCGCCUGGUGGCCAGCGGGCUCCUGCGCCACACCAAGGGCAUCGGGGCCUCGGGCUCCUUCAAACUGGCCAAAGCCGAGGACGCCAAGAAGCCGGAGAAGCCCAAGCCGGCGCCCGUGAGGGUCAAGAAGCCGGCCAAAGCCGCCGCCAAGCCCAAGAAAGCCCCCAAGCCCAAGAAAGUGGCGAAGUCCCCGAAGAAAACCAAGAAGGCCGCCGAGAAGAAAGUGAAGAAGGCGGCGGAGAAGAAGAAGUCGCCCGUCAAAGCCAAGAGGGUCGCCAAGAAGGCGAAGGUGGCCAAACCCGCCAAGGCGAGCAAAGCCAAGAAGGUGAAAACGGCGAAGCCCAAGCCCAAAACGGCGGCCAGGAAAACGGGCAAGAAGAAGUGAGCUCCAGCCGGCUGGACUGACUCGUGUAAAUACACUUUUUUGAAGCAAAUGUUUUUUGGUACAUUGUUAUUUUUGUAAAGGUCUUCGUGCGCGGACUUCAACCCCCCACCCCCCCCCACACACACGUUUUUACGGCGAAACUUUUUGCGUGCGAUUCUCCGAAGAAGGUCCCAGACGCGGCUAAACUUGUUAUUUAUUUUGAUAGAUCUCUUUUCUUUACGAGCUGAACUUUAUUGCACACUAUCGCUAUCAUUCGGACGUACUAAUUAAUUUUGCCGAUUAGGUAUGUCGCUAGAAGAUAUAUAUUCCUGCUGUAGGUCGUUCGAGGACUGUGAAGAACUAUAAUGACAUGUCAUUGAUACAUGAUGACGAUGUACAGAAUCGACUUGUGACGUGGACUGUUGUAGUCUAGAUCCAUUGCUGUCCGUAUAAUACUGUCAUUACUGUGCGUCAAUAAACUUUUCUCAUGGCA